AUGACGAAAAGUUUGACAGAAUCUCCAAGAAACCUGAAGGAAGCUAUAGAUUGGAUAUUGAGACUGACAGGGAAGGAUGGUUCGAAUGGUAAAAAGACGAAUGACACAACCAUAGCGUCAUUGGCGAGGGGCUUGAAGACCCUUCUCGUCAACAUUCAGCCACAGGUGCACGACAGUGAUACGGAUGUCUUUCAGGAUGUGGUCAAUGCGCUAGAUGCUGAAAGUAUUAAUGGAAAGAAAAACACGGUUGAUUACUCUUUAAUAGGUUCACUGAGUGAUGGGCUAGCAGCAUUCAUUGGGUACAAGAAUUGGGGGAAAGAUUGGGAGUUUGAAAAAGGUUAUGGUAUUGGCUACAAAAAGGUUGUGACAUCUGUUAAACCUGGCUCUGUGGUUGGUAUCAGUAGUGCUUCCGGUGUGUCUGCAAGUGACGAUGAGUGGGAGGAUGCCUCAGCCUAUGAAAGUGCCGUUAUCAAUCACGUCAAAGGGAAAACACACUAUUGCAGCAAAAUAUUCCUUGGAUGCAUACCACUAAUAUUCAGCGGGUUAAGUUAUUUAUAUUGGCAAUGUAAUACGGGACGUAAUAAAAAGAACGGCGGUGAUAGGUGGAGCGGCGAUUAUCAAAAGGUCAACGAUAGUAACACAGCCCUUGGUCUAUACAUGGUAGCUUUAGGAUACCUUACAACUGAACUCAAUAAGGACAAAAAUGCUGAGAAGGUCAAAACCUUGCUUGAAGAAGAAUUCAGUGAGUUCUCAGACUUGGCAACCCAAAAUAAACAAGGUGGAGGGAACGAUAGUGCCGUUGGGAAACCCUUUUCCGAUUUCAUCAGGGAAAUAAAGAGUGAUUUUGACGUCCCUUCUUAUCCCCUUGUUUGUCUCCAUUUAGUCUCUACAAUAUAUUUCCAAGCACAGCAACAAAGGAAGAACCCUGGUCGUGAUGCUGGGCACAUACCAUGCAGUAUCCGUGAAAUGUUAUAUUGGUUAAUGGUACUGCCUUAUACACCAGUCUACCAUAAAAUCAGCAGAACCAAUCUAAAAACACUUCUGAAUAAAAAGGAGAAUCUCGUUGAAUUUGUCAAUGGGUCUAGUCAGGCCGACGUCAUUAACUUCAAUGUCUCCAAUGCCCACAACUUGAUGCUAUCAUCUUGUUUCUAUACUGGUGUUGUCUUAAUUGCAAUAGAAGGUGAACUACAGCGUGAUAGCACGUCUUCCACUUUCAUUCACGACUUGUAUGCGAAUAAGCACUUUCAAUUUUAUUAUCCAGACAAUCUACAUGAGUGGUUUAGUGUUCUAUGGGACGUACUAUAUGCAGGACUUUUCCAACUUAAUUUCCUCAACGAGCAAUGUAAAACAUGUCUACAGAUAGGUUGCGGCUGGAAAUUCUGUAAAUAUGGGAAGGAAAUUUUAGGCGGUCGGCAUUUGACUUGGAUUUGUAAAGGUAAUAAGGGCAAUGACCAACCGAAAGAUGUAGAGCAUGACUGUAAAACUGCUAAGUGCGACUCUAGUCACAGGAAUUGCGGUGAAAACCGCCAGACACAAUCUCCACUCCAAGCUUACCUAUGUGAUAACCUUUACGGUUUCAUAUGUGACAAAGGGGGCGACAAAAAUCUGCCGUACACUGAUCAAGCCAACCAUAGUCCUCCUAAUCAACGGUAUCCUAUUCCCAUGGGCUUCAAUUCAACUAACCUUCCACCCGACAUCUAUACCCGCACUGGUUGCGAACUUGGAAAGAUGCUGAAUGAUUUCGUCGAUCCAAAUAUCAUAUCUGCCAGUCUUUACAACCUCAUUCUAUCUGUAGUCUGUGUUACUUUACGUACUCCCCGUAUCCUGGGUGACUUCUUUGGGUUUUAUUUUAAUAUAGGUGAUAAAGACAAACUUUCAAAUGGACUCAUUGAAACAUCACUCACUACUGAGAUCGGCGGUUACCCUGGUGACCAUACUAAUUCUGAUCUCGUUGAAGCUGUCAAAUCCCUGACUGGUAGGUACAAUGGUAGCAACGGUGACAGUCACGAGGAUGAUGCUAACCUCUACACACUCCGUCAAAGCAAUUGCGGAAGUGGAUAUACGUGCGACCAAUAUCUCACACCGCUCACAUGGUAUAUAUACUUUAAUCUUGCGAAAAUUUUCGCUGGUGUAUACAUUUCGAGAAUAGUGUAUCUCACAGAACAUUUUAAAGCGGGUCUAGAAGAGUCUCUGGAAGGUUUUAGCAACAUUAAUUGCAAAGAUUCAGGAUGUCAAGAGUUUAACAAUCAGACCCCUUGUAAACCUGGAGAUCAUGGCGAAAAGGACAUCUGUAAAUGCACCACCAUUGUUCAAUGUAGAGGAGUCCUACCCCUUUUAUAUCGUUUCGGGUUCAUGUACAACAGUACGAUGUGGUUAAAUGGAACACACGAGAAGGAUCCGAAAAGGGGCACUCCGGAAUCGCAUUGGAAACGCAUAUGCAAUGAUUUGUAUGCGGAACUUUCUAAUCUACUUUACUCAGGAACACUAUUCGAGGCCCUAUUGACCGCCAUCAACAACUUCCUUUGUGGGAUACGUGAACCAUUCAUCUUCUUUGUCGCCACAUUCUGGUUCACCUCAAUGGCAUACCUCGCAUAUGGUAUGGCCCUACCGCUGGAUUUAUUGCACAUUAGGUCACAUUGGAAAUUGGCUAGCACACAUAUACUGCUACCUAUCGCCCUCUUAUCCUACAAGAAAAUAUCGCUAAGUGAUAUAGGUUAUUUUAAGUUAUAA